AUGCAGCGUACUCUUUUUUUCUAUUCCAAAAAAAAAGAUAAUCCAUGCGGCGCUCCCGACACGCAACGCAUAUCAUCUAAAAAUAGCCUAAAUGCUGUUCCUGUGGAUGUUGACAAAGUGGAGUCAAAUAACACUAUUCCUUUCACCAUAGCAGCGGAUAAAGGUAGUAUUAGUACUUCUGUGAACGGUAAUGGCGUGCAAAAGCGCCCCCGCUCUCCUUCCUUAUCGUCAUCGGUACGCUCACGCUCUUCAGACAAGCGAAGCUAUUUGGACAAAAAUGCUAACACUGAAUCUGGUGAGCCACCCAAAGGGGCGGCUUCUUCCUCUCGGUGGUUGGCAGACCUUAUUCUUGACGUGCACUGGAGGCGUUUUCUUUCUCCCAUUAUGGAAGACAGCUGGAGGGAUCAACUUUUCUACAGAAUCGAGCUCUUUCUCGAUAGGGAGCGUGCGGCGGGAAAACUUAUUUUACCACCCGCCGAGUGUAUCUUUUCAGCCUUCAAUAGCACUCCUUUAGGUUCCCUCAAGGUUGUAUUGUUAGGUCAAGACCCGUACCACAACAUAGGGCAAGCGCACGGUAUGUGUUUCUCAGUGUUGCCAGGUGUCCACCCACCACCGAGUCUUCAAAAUAUAUACAAAGAGCUUGCUAAUGACAUUCCUGGCUUCAAGAUUCCGUCUCAUGGGUACCUGGAGGGCUGGGCAAGGCAGGGCAUGCUCAUGCUCAACGCCACGCUUACGGUGGAAGCGCACAAGGCCAAUGCACACAGCCACUGUGGCUGGCAGCUAUUUACGAACGAUGUUAUUCAGCUUUUGUCACGCCGAUGUCCCAACCGCCUCGUGUUUCUGCUCUGGGGGAACUUUGCUCGAGCAAAGAAGGGGCUUAUAGAUUUAUCCCGCCACGUCAUCAUAGAGUGUGCUCACCCUUCCCCGCUGAGCUCCCGCCACUGGUUUGGAUGCCGGUGCUUUUCUAAGUGUAACGCGGCACUUGAGGGUCUCGGGCACACCCCAAUGUCCUGGCAGCUACCUAUGCAUCUCACUCAGAUUGGUGUUUCUACCGCUUGA